AUGACACAGCAAAAAGGAUAUCCUGCAGAUCGAUUAAACGCUAUUGCACAGCAUUUGGAACCUCCUGCUACGAGGGACGAAGCCCUUGAGAAGUCGGAAUGGAAGGAUAUCUUGCAAGAAAUCAACCGUCGCAAGAACAAGAACCGUACAGCAGAUCCCAACGAUCACGGGUAUAUUCGACAGAAGACGCAGGGGAAGCUAUGGGUGCGCGAACGCAUUGACGCUUUCAUUGACGCAAACAGCUUCAAGGAGAUUGGCGUGAUUGCCGGCAUUGCCAAAUACAACCCCGACGGUUCGGUAAAAGGUUACACGCCCGCUAAUUUCAUUGCUGGCAAGGCCACUGUCAACGAUCGCCCGCUUAUUGUUGCUGCCGACGACUUUGCUAUCCGUGCUGGUCAUGCCGAUGGCUCUGUUUGGGGCAAAUCCAUCAUGGCAGAACAAAGCGCACGUACUUUGAAGAUUCCUUUGGUACGAUUGAUCGACGGUAGCAGUGGUGGUGGAUCCGUUACGCUUAUGCUCGAUAAAGGAUACACGUACCUUCCUCCGUUGAUCGGCAUGCAUGACAUCAUUGCCAGCUUGUCUGAAGUUCCCGUGGCUUCUGCAGCACUCGGUCCAGCUGUCGGAUUGGGCGCCGCUCGAGCCACAUUGACACACUUUAGCGUCGUCGCCGAGAAUGUCGGAUCAUUGUUCGCUGCAGGUCCACCUGUGGUUGCCAACGCCACAUACGAGACCGUCACCAAAACAUCCUUGGGCGGUGCCUUGCUGCAUACCACAAACGGCACCUUUGACAACCUUGCCAAAGACGAGUACGACUGUUUUGCUCAGAUCCGCCAAUUCCUUAGCUACAUGCCCAACAAUACGUUUGAAAUGCCUCCUUGCGUCGAAUGCACGGAUCCAAUCGACCGUCGUGACGAUGCGUUGCUCGAUAUUAUUCCUCGACGCCGUCAGCGCAUGUACCAAGUCCGCGACAUCCUUACUCGCGUCGUCGACCAAGGAUCCUGGUUUGAAAUCGGUGCUCGAUGGGGUGACGGUGCUGUGUGUGGUUUAGCACGUAUCAACGGUUGUCCUGUCGGCAUCAUUACUUUUGACUGCACCUUGAAUGGAAGCGUGUUGACGACUGCCAGUUGUCAAAAGUUCAGACGUCAUAUCGAUCUUUGUGACACCUUUGGAUUGCCUAUUAUCGAUUUCGCCGAUUAUGCCGGUUUCGCAGUUGGCACCAAAGCUGAACGAGAGGCCACCAUCCGUUAUGGCUCGACAUUGACUGCUGCACUUUACCAAUGUGAUGUACCCUAUUUCACGGUUGUGUUACGCAAGGUGUUCGGUGUUGCCGGCGCUGCAUUUGUUGACAAUCGCGUGCCAAACAUGCGUGUCGCAUAUCCUUCUGGCGAUUGGGGCAGUUUGCCACUAGAAGGCGGUAUUCACGCUGCCUAUCGCCGGGAGCUCGAAGCUGCAGGCGACAAGCGUAACGAGCUGUAUGACAGUCUGCUGGCCAAGUUUGAAGCUGUUCGCUCUCCGAUCCGUACAGCAGAAACGUUUGAUAUCCCAGACAUUAUUGAUCCUCGUGAUACCAGACCUUUGCUUGCCGAGUGGGUCAAACUUGUGUACGACAACGUUCUCCCACACCGAGUCGAUAAGAUCAAGGUCCAUGGACCUCGCAUUAUGUAUAGACCAUAG